AUGAAGAUUUCGAUAUGGGCGUUCGUUUUGAUUGUUGUAUUGGUCGUGGUGUGUUUAACGCCGAGCGAGGUGGAAGGAGGCAAGAUUAUCAAGAAGAUAUUCAAAAAGUUUAAAGGCGGUGGGGGUGGGAAAGGUGGUGGGCAUGGAGGAGGUGGGUACGGGAAGGGUGGUGGUGGAGGACAUGGCGGUGGGGGUGGUUUCAAAGGAGGUCAUGGUGGUGGAGGGGGUGGGUACGGAAAGGGCGGUGGGGGUCAUGGUGGUGGACACGGUGGGGGUGGUUUCAAAGGAGGUCACGGUGGUGGAGGGGGUGGUUUCGGCGGAGGAAAGGGGAAGGGCGGUGGUGGUUUUGGGGGAGGCGGCGGCGGUGGUGGUGGGUGGGGCUGGAAAGGAUGA